AUGAACCAGGACCGGAAGAAGAAGCACCACUUGGAUUCCUCAUUUCAACUUAAAAUAGGCGAAUCGACGGUUUUAGAAGCUUUGAAGCGAUUUUGUCGUGCCAUCGUGGAGGUGUUUGGAGAACGCUAUCUCCGAACACCCAAUGCUAAUGAUGUGGCACGACUAUUCCAAGUUGGAGAACAACGAGGUUUUCCAGGAAUGUUAGGUAGUGUAGACUGCAUGCAUUGGAAAUGGAGGAAUUGUCCAACAGGUUGGGGAGGACAAUAUUCCGGUCGUAGUAGAUCUCCAAGUAUUAUUCUUGAAGUUGUAGCUGACUAUGAUCUUUGGAUAUGGCAUGCAUAUUUUGGUUUACCGGGGUCCAACAAUGACAUUAAUGUGUUGGAGUCCUCCUAUCUUUUUGCAAAUCUUGCAGCAGGUACUGCUCCUUCUGCUAAUUAUGUCAUCAAAGGAAAAUCAUAUAAUAUGGGCUAUUAUUUAGCUGAUGUCAUAUAUCCAAAAUGGGUCACUCUUGUUCAAUCUAUUCACGAUCCACGUGGCCCUAAAAAACAAUAUUUUGCAAAGAAACAAGAAGCAUGUAGAAAAGACGUAGAACGUGCAUUUGGCGUAUUGCAAUCAAAGUUUGCAAUAAUAGCAGGACAUGCACGGUUAUGGAGGAAGGAAAUCUUGCAUGAUAUAAUGACUUCGUGCAUCAUUAUGCAUAAUAUGAUCAUAGAAGAUGAACGUGAUAUUAAUGCACCAAUUGAAGAACGAAGUGAAGUGCAAGACGUGGGAGUUGAGAUGAUGAACGAUGGUGGAAUUGAACAGUUUCUUGCUCGACACAAAAAGAUCAAAGAUAAAGAUGCUCACUUUGAACUUCGUAAUGCAUUAAUUGAUCAUUUGUGGGACGAGUAUACUAACUCGGAGAAUUAG